UCCUCUUUGCAAAAGUUUUCUUAUUUACAGAUGAAGAAGUUCAACAAGAAGUAGUAGUAGAAGGAAACAGAAGAGAGCUUACUAUCAUAUUUUUCUAGGGUUUGUCUUUCCCCUAGAGGGAAUGUCAAAGGCGUACAUGGUAGCAGAAGGGCAGAAUCAUUACCAAGAAAUGCCGACGUUAGGACAAGACCAAACCGGUCUUAUUCGGGCAAGCUCGAGCAGGUCUAGGCCAAGGAAAGUUCGGAUCCGUGAGUACAAGAUUCCGGAUCUAAACGCGGAUCCUUGUUUAGAUACGGAUGAAGAAGAAACAAGAGAGGUGGUGGUAGUAGGAUUCAAACCCCAGGAUGCAGAUUAUUUACAAAAAACUCCUCAGCUUCCUUACGAGCUAGAGGUCGAGAUACUCGCACGCCUCCCGCGUUUCGAGUAUUGGAAACUCAAAUUCCUAAAUAAACGUUUUUCACGUUUAUUAAAGGAAGGUAAGAUUUUCAAGGUGAGGCGUGACCGUGGUGUGGUUGAACCGUUUGUCUUUAUGCGUUCUAACGGCGACAAGAGCUGGACUAUGUUCGAUAAAGACUUUGAGAAUCACCAGAUGGUUCCGGAACUUUGUCCUUCUGAUGUGAGCUUCUUACUUGGAGAUAUAGAAUCGCUUUGCGCGGGAACGCAUUUGAUUGUCACGGGGAAUGAAGGAAAGAGCAUCGCUUUGUGGAGAUACGAGGUUGAGACUAGCAAGUGGUUCAAGGGACCUGCGAUGAUCACGCCGAGGAUCUUGUUCGCUUCGGCCACGUGUGGAAGUGUUGCUUUUGUAGCUGGAGGGUUGAAAGUGUAUGGAGACACGUCUAAUAAGGAAGUUGUGAAUGGAGCUGAGAAGUAUGACUCGGGGACGAAAACGUGGACGCGUCUCCGUGGGAUGCAUAAGAGGAGGCAGUUUUGUUCGGGGUGUUUCUUGCGUGGCAAGUUUUAUGUUCUUGGAGGUAGGGAUGAGAAAGAUAAUAACCUAACUUGCGGAGAACGUUAUGAUGAGGGUACAGACAGUUGGGAGUUGAUACCGGAUAUUCUUAAAGACGUGUCUUUCUCUUCUGUUCAGUCUCCACCGCUCAUCGCGGUGGUGAAUGAAAAACUUUACUCGUUGGAAACGUCUGCGAACGAGCUCCGCGUUUACGAUACAAACGCAAACGUUUGGAAGAAGCUUGGGGAUGUGCCUGUGAGAGCUAAGCCUAAUGGAGGAUGGGGCGUUGCGUUUAAGUCGCUUGGAGACAAGCUUCUUGUGAUUGGAGAAUCGGUGGGACCGUCUAGGACCGAGACAAUGUCGGUUUACACGUGUCGCCCGUCGGGUGACCCUGAGGAGGAGCUGGUUUGGGAGGAGACUAAACGCUGCUGUGAUGUUCAGCUCAGCCAUUUUAUCUUGAAUUGUUCUGUGAUGAUUGCUUAAAGGGUCUUCUCCAAAGCAAAGUGGUAACUUUCUUUUGGUUUUAUGUGUGUUUUGAAUAAUGUAAGUUGUAGCAUCACCAGACGCUGAAACUUAAUCACUGUUGUGUCUUGUGUGGAUUAUGUUUCUUGUUCGGCCUUUUGCGUCUUGUGUGUUUCAGUAAACGCCUGUGUUUCUUUAUUUUGUGUAAUAUAAGCUUUAUGCAUCUGUGUGAAACAAAAUAACAAGCUUGUUUAAAC